ACCACUGUUCUGCUCUUCCCCUUUUCAAUUUUCAAAAUCAUUUUCCUUUUCCUUUUCCUUUCCCCUUCGAGUCUUCGACUUCCUCCUCUCACGCCUAAAACCACUGUUUGUUUCCCAAGAAAAGCAAGGAAGAAAAAAAAGAAGAGAAAAGAAAAGAAAAGAAAAGAAAGCAGAGCCAGCAUCUAAAAUAGAAGCAAUCAAGUAUCAUCACCAACCACCUGCUCAGAUUCCGCACUGUCGUUCUCUCCAUCGUCGGAUUUUCCUCCAUAGAUGCCGCGGUCGAGCUCGCACCAUCAGCGUCAGAGCUCCGACACCUUCAUCUUCGAUACAACCUCUCGCGGGAGAUGGUUUCAGCAGGAGUUAGGGUCUUACGGUGGAGGAGGAGGAGCAUUUCAAGGGUGGUUAGGGACUCGAUCUUCGAGCUUGAGGAAGAACGACGAUGAUCGUGUUUUCACCAGUGGCCUCCUUGACCUGCAUUCCUUCAAUACUGAGCUUUUACCUGAGGGACAAAUUUUUUUUGAUGACUCGGCUGAGGACAUUCUCGGUGGCAGCAGACUUGGAACCAAAUUCCGCGGCUUGUCUGAGAGCCAAGUCCUUAGGAGUUCCUCCACAGAUAAAGAGAGAGCAAACAAUGUUGCUAAGAUCAAAGUUGUGGUUCGGAAGAGACCGCUAAAUAAGAAGGAAAUAGCAAAGAAAGAGGAGGAUAUUAUUACCAUAGAUUCAAAUUCUCUUACAGUUCACGAAAGAAAACUAAAGGUUGACUUAACGGAAUAUGUUGAGAAACAUGAGUUUGUUUUUGAUGCUGUGCUGAAUGAAGGUGUUUCAAAUGAUAAUGUAUAUGCAGAGACUGUGGAGCCAGUAGUUCCACUGAUUUUCCAGCGAACAAAAGCAACUUGCUUUGCAUAUGGCCAAACUGGAAGUGGGAAGACAUACACUAUGCAACCAUUGCCUCUGAAAGCAUCUCAAGAUAUUUUGAGGCUAAUGCACCAUACAUAUCGGAACCAGGGUUUCCAGUUGAAUGUUAGUUUUUUUGAAAUAUAUGGGGGUAAAGUAUUUGAUCUCCUCAAUGAUCGAAAAAAACUUUUCAUGAGGGAGGAUGGGAAACAGCAGGUGUGCAUUGUUGGCCUCCAAGAAUACGUAGUAGCUAAAGUUGAGACAAUCAAGGAACUUAUUGAAAAAGGAAAUGCUGCAAGAAGUACUGGUACAACUGGCGCAAAUGAAGAGUCAUCUAGAUCACAUGCUAUACUUCAGCUUUGUAUCAAGAGAUCAACUGAUUUGACGGAAUCAAAGCCUGCUCGAAUUGUUGGCAAGCUAUCCUUUAUAGAUCUUGCUGGAAGUGAACGCGGUGCAGAUACAACAGAUAAUGAUAAACAGACUAGAAUUGAAGGUGCUGAGAUUAACAAAAGCUUACUUGCAUUAAAAGAAUGCAUCAGAGCUCUAGACAAUGACCAAGGGCAUAUCCCAUUCAGAGGAAGUAAAUUGACUGAAGUUCUGCGAGACUCUUUUGUCGGUGACUCACGUACUGUGAUGAUAUCAUGCAUUUCGCCAAGCUCAGGGUCGUGUGAGCAUACUCUCAACACUUUGAGAUAUGCUGACAGGGUAAAGAGCCUGUCAAAAGGGAACAACUCCAAAAGGGAUCCUGUUUCUUCGUCAAAUGUUAGAGACUCAACUGUAUUGAAUUCUGGGUCUUCAAUUUUAUCUCAGGAUGAUACCUUCGAGGAUGAAGCAACCAAUGUAUAUAAUGAGAAGAACCGAUUUGGUUGGUCCAAACAACUUGAAAGAGAACCUUCUCCUCCAAUGAUUGUGGAUCGUGUUCCAAGUGGUAGGACUGGUGGAAAUUUGGCAUCAUCUGUGUUUUCUGAUUUACAAAGAGGCCAAAGAGGCAGUCAAAAUGACAAAGCUGAAAAUGGAAUUGAUUAUCCAGGACCAAUAUAUGAACAAGACAGAACAAGAAAAACUAAUAAGAGGGUGGAUGGCAGCCAGUUAUCUAGUUUGGAGGACAAGAGGAAGAUAGAAUCGUGUGUUAAACAUGUAAAUCCGCCACAAUUUGAGGCUAAUCAUUCUGUUCCUGAUGAUGAUUUAAAUGCCCUAUUGAAGGAAGAGGAAGAUCUUGUAACUGCUCAUCAGAGACAAGUGGAGGAAACAAUAGACAUUGUUAAGGAGGAGAUGAAUUUGCUUGUUGAAGCUGACCAACCAGGAAAUCAUUUGGAUGAUUACAUUACUAAAUUGAAUACCAUUUUGUCACAAAAGGCUGCAGGAAUCCUUCAAUUGCAGACGCAGUUGGCUCAAUUUCAGAGACGCUUAAAUGAGUAUAACGUUUUCAUGUCUCCUGGUAACUUAUAGUGUUAAUGAGGUCAUGCUUGGUGUGUUUGUCUUGUGGAUGUGCAAUACUUUUCACUUAUUUUUGCUGAGAUCUUCACUGCAGUGGAUUGUUUCUCAUGUGUUUUAGUUAAGAAUGUUCACAAGAUUAUUGUGGUUCUGGAGUUCAGAAAUGGGAAUCACCCUUGUCUUUGUGUUUGUUCUUUGCCCUAAAUCCUCAGACAAGCCACUACUGUGGCUUGAAAUGAAUUGAACGGUAUGCAGAUGGGCAUCCACAAUUUUCGCAAUCCGAGGAGUGUACAUUAUACAGUCGAAUUCCCUGUUGGGGGUUGCUAGUCUUGCAACCUUGAAUAGUUGAAUCUUUAUUCUCAAUUUAUAUUAUUGUAUUUUUUAAUUUA